UUGUUUACGUGUGAAAUGUUCAAUUAAAUGCUAAAUUGCACUUUUGCCAUCAGCACCGCAGUGCUCAGCCCGACACAAAUACGUAAUGACUUACUUUUGGACUCUUUUCGUGUGUCUAGGCUUCGUUCAAUAUGUGCAGUGUUACAUUGAUGUUACAGAUGCUCGAUUCAGAGAGUUGCCUCCGAUCUUCCACAUCGACGACGACAGUGUUUGCGCCACUUAUUGCAAAGCUUCCAUCCUCAUCCAGCCCGAAGACUCCAAGUCCAACAGCCACUGGCAGGUCAUUGAGCAAACCAUCAAACAUCCAAGAUUCUACAACCAUAACGAGCUGUUUCAUGCCAUUUGCUUGGAAAAGUUCUGCCCGCAGCGGAAAGACGAAAAACUGGACUUAAAGGGUCAAAUAGACAAAUGCUACAGCCGAAAGUAUGGGAGUUUGGGGCUGAACUUCUCAGUCAGCCAGUUGAACUGUUCGGUUGCUCAAUACUCAGCUACAGCUGUGGAUAACGUUGCUCUAGUAUGCAGUGUAAUGUACAUCCUGCUGAUUGCUGCUGCCACAUAUCAGCACUAUAAAAAACCGCUGCAAGGCCCAGGCCAUCCUGUGUGCCAAUCGUUUUCCCUGAUCGCCAACUGGAGAAAGUUGUGCACCCCAAACACUCGGCCGGACUUUCAAAAAUUGAAGUUCAUACAGGGCAUUCGGUUUUACAAUAUGCUUUUAGUGAUUUUCUGCCACACCCAGUGUAGCUACAUCGGCGGAUAUGUUUCCAACACGGAAUACUUCGAGCAGGUCUACAGAAAUCCCAUUCGGCUCUUCUUUGGCACGCUUUCAGUUUUCCUAGUGCAGACUUUUUUCCUUCUAUCAGCUUUCCUACUGUCCUUCCAUGUUUGCCAGUCGAUGACCGUCUACAAACAGUCCAAAUGGAAAUAUGUGCUCGUUACUUUCCUGAAUCGGUACUUGCGAAUACUGCCGCCGUUGCUGGUGAUGAUUAUGAUGGCCAGUACUUCAUGGAUAAUCGCAAACUUUCCCGGCCCUUUGCGAAGCGAAUUCUCGAAUAAGGAGUUCGAAAGGUGCCGGAAAAACUGGUGGACCAACCUGAUAUUCAUCAACAACCAUUACAACGAGAACGAGAUGUGCUACUUUAUCACGUGGUACUUAGCUGCUGAUACCCAGCUAUACCUGGUCUCGUUGCUGAUCCUGCUUCUGAUCUGGAAGUUCCCCAAACAAAGAAAACUUUUUCUAACUGCAGCUAUUUCCAUUGGCGUCCUCAUGCCGGCCGUGGUUUGCUGGAAAUAUGGCCUGGAUUUCAUCUACCGAUUGACUCCAGAGAACUCAAAACGGAACAACUUCCGCAGUUUUCAGUUUAACGCGAUUUACACUUCCACCUACACGAAUACAGCUUCGUACAUGGUAGGACUGGCUUUGGGCUGUUUUUACUACUCAUUGGAAAAGGGUGGUGCUCAACACAAGAAAUACUUCAACAGAAAAUCCACCAGUCUUCUGAGCGCCAUUUCCAUUGCCAUGCUGCUGGUCGCCUCCCAAGACUAUUCCAGGCCAAUCAGCGUUGUUUUGGCUGGACUGGUAAAACCCUGCUACGCUUUGGGGAUCGGAAUCGGGAUUAUUUCAAUGUCCCAACAGGCAAAUUGC